GUUAGUUCACCAUCGCGACCGCAACGCAGCGUUGGCGUCGUGAAACACCUUUCAUUGUAUUGACUAUUGACUGAUUCUGAACACAGAGAAUAAUGUAUAAAGUUAAUUUUACGUUUUAUUAUCUUAGUUCUUGUUGAAUCUUAUAGCAUUACGUGUUAGUUUAAGUGUAAUCAUGUCUCCGUUUACGUGAAUGUGAAAAAAGCCAGCCCGUCAAGUGCUACGCGGCCAUUUUACUUGCAAUGCGGCAACGGUGUACGGUCCGCCAUUGGAAACGGCAAGUGUCUUUUUCUCAGUGUAAGAUUUGUAUUUUGUCGAAUAUCACGGCAUAAAAGCAACGGAUAACCAUGUGUGAUAAAAGUGUAGUGCGGACUUUAGUGUAGUGAAGCACGGUGGUCGGGUGAUUUGAAUAAUGUGCGAACGAUGGAAAACGAAGUGAAGCAGCGCAAUCAGAGAAAUAGACGAAGGGAGCGGGCACAGCGCAUGCAAGCACAGCGAGAGAUUAAAGUUAAGGAUGGGGACAGCGGGGAGGACGAGUCUCCGGCGAGAGAAAAGCCGCCUCGUCCUCCGGCCAGGCGGAAGAAGUCGCGGGAGCCACUCGGAGAGGAGGACAUCAUCGAUGGUUUCGCCAUAAUGGCAUUUCGCACCUACGAAGAUCUUGAGGCUGCCGUAAAAUGUGCUUCCUCACCUCGCACCAACGCGCUUUCAACAAAGCCACGGCUCCCGCUGGCUGCGUUGGCCGCAGACCCUGCCCGGAAUCACCCACCCAACAAUGUCAACUCUCAUGGUAUUACGCUGCUUCAAGACGCUGGUACGUCGGAUGACAGUGGACGGGCAUCAGAACGGCUCACAGGCAGUUCAGUCGCACCUCGCGAUCCUGAUUCCUCACGAGAUCGUCUUAGUGACGCCAGUAGCCGCUGUAGUUCCGGAAAAGGCUAUAUCUGUGAUAGUGAAGGCGACGACGAUAAGGCGAGCCCUGAAAAUAGUAGGAAUGCAUCACCAAGAUAUCACGAUGCAUCAAUGGAAGAUGCGUCUGAAGCUGGAUCACUAUUCCGGGUGACCGGCGCGGGUGGCGGUGGUGGCAAGAACGAGCUGGUCGCAAGGGGUGGCAGCGGUGGCGCACUCGCUUUGUCGCGAGCGCCCGUCGGCGGGAGCGCCAGCCCCGCGCCCGCGCCACUGCCGCAGCCCGCGCCUUCUCCCGCGCCCGCCGCUCUGCCACCGCCCGCGCUGCCGCCGCCACCCUUCCGAGCUGACACUCCACACCGACCCAACGGCGCCCAUAUCCCCACGUUAGAUGGACAUGCCGCCACUCAGAUCCCGGCCCGGCCCGUGGGAGCCGCCGGCCCAGACACGCCCGAACGGCCCGCGAGUAACAACAAGCUGCAGCCCGGCGCUCGCGCCGCCGCCGACAGCCCGACGCCCGCCCCUCCGGCGCCGCCCGCCCCUUCGCCGCUGUUCCCCUCGCACACCGCCUACCAGUCGCACGCGGCGGCCGCACUGCCCGACUACCGUCACACCAACCACGAGACGCGGACCGAGCCGGCUGAGCCGCCGCCGGCGCCGCUGGACCUGCACGCGCACCACGCGCCGCGGCCGCCCGCCGCGCUGCCCGCCACCACGCAGGCGUCUCUUCCUAGUCUCCCGAGCCGCGUGCCGCACUCGCAGCCGCACCCCGUCAUGCCCGGUCACGACGUCCGGAACGUGCCCCCCUCCGCUGCCGCUCACCCCGCUGUUCCUACCUCUUUCCCGAGCCGAGUGAAUGGAGUCCCGCCGAGUGUGCCGCCGCACUCGAGUGCGCCGGCGAUCCCGAGCUGUCUUCCGAGUCAGGCGGGAGCGCGGCCCGCCUCUCCUGCCGCGCCCUCCUCCCGCCCCUAUCCUCCCCCGUCUAUCGGGUCUAGUCAUGUAAACUCGACUAUAAGUUCCAGUAUUCACAGCCACACACCUUAUCAGAGUCAACCAAGUUUACAGAAACAUUCCGUUCAAUCUGUCUAUACGAAUCGACCGCCUCAUCUCGCGCCGUUUAGUGUUUCAAAUCAUAUUACGCCAAAUCACAUGCAAAUUUCCUCGGCGAACCCAUCAACCGCUACGCACCUGAGCCAUCCUAUAAACAGCCAUUCCAUUAUAACGCAACAGAACCAUUUGGCGAUGGUUCCUCCUAACCCGUUACUUACUUCCACACCUAAUCAUAUCGGACCUCCGCUCUCUUUAGCCGCAACGACAAGUACAAUUUCAAGUUUCACAUCGAGUCUUAAACAUCCUGGUCUCAGUUUACCACAACAUCCUCCAAUAAAUCCAUUAGGUCCUCCAAUUUCUUUGCAUCCAUCAAUAAAUCACGUGGACACGUCUCCUACCACAAGUUUGGCACCUGCUAUAAUACCUCCCGUGUCAAGUGGUAGUAGUCACCCAUUGGCUCCCCCAGUGAUAGACUCAAGGCAGCCAAUCGUGUCUUCUGCGGAACUACCGGCAAGGUCUGACGUCCCAACUGUGAAUGCGACCCUCUCUUCCAAUGGCUUCCCUCCUCCAGCUGUUUAUUCCAGUGCAACUUAUCCUCUUUAUGCGCCUUACGCUUCCUCGUUACAGCAUAGUCCCUACCUUCCGCCAGCUGCGGCAUCACCGAGAAAUACGGCCGAUACGCGCACGAGCCUGGCCGCGUCGCCGCUGGUGGCCCCGAAGACCCCCAAAGGUGUGCGGCCCCACACCCCCGGGUCCACCGGCGCCACACACGCCCCUAUCUCAUACUCCCCGCGCGGACACAGCCCCAACCGGGAGCGCGAGAGCUUCAGCAGCAACAUCAGCAGUCUGUCGCGCAGCACGCCGGCCUCAGCGUCGAGCGCCUCGCUGGUGGCCCCGCUCGCGCCGCCGCUCGUCGCACCGCUCGCGGCUCCUCUGACUGGCAGCCUAGGCGCCCCGCUGGCGCCGCCGCUGGUGCCGUCGCUGGGCGCGCCGCUGGCUCCGACGCCGACGCCGGCCGCACCUACGCCGUCGCACCUCACCCACUCGCUCGCGCCCGUGCCCACUGUACCCAGCAUCAGCUCCAGCGCUAAACCGCCCGCGCACUGGGGGGUAACGCGAACGGCGGGGUCAGAGCGCGCGAGCGGAUUUGCGCCGGCACCGCCACUGUUCGGUGCUCCUCUACCGCCCCCCAACCCCAAUCCAUUCUCUGCAGAGUCGCUCUUUCAAACUAGUCCGGGCGCAGACCUGCUGCGCCGCGAGCUGGACAACCGGUUCCUGGCGGCGGCGGGCGGGCUGGGCGUGGCCGCCGUGCGCACGGAGAUGCAUCACCACCAGCACCAGCACACGCAUGUGCACCAGCAUCCGCCGCACCAGCACCAUCCGCACCAGCUGCGAGUGUUCAACGACGUGAACAAGAUGUCUCCGCUGUACCGCGGCGGGCUGGGGCUGGGCUACCCGUACUCCUCCAGUCUGCUGCACCCCCCCGCGCCCUACGUGCCUCCCGCACCCCUCACCACCUACGCCCCCAAGCCCGUAGUGUCGGCGGCCAGCGACCCCGCUAAACCUCCGCCCCGCCCCAACCACGCGAAAACUGGUAAAUGGAACGCGAUGCACGUGCGGAUCGCGUGGGAGAUCUACAACCACCAGCAGAAGGAGAAGGGCGGCGCGGGGGCGGGGGCGGGGGCGGGGGCGGGCGCGGGCGCGGACAAGGACAAGCUGCGCGCCUUCCCUGCGCCCGCGCCGCCGCCCGCCUACCGCUCGCCCUACGACCUGCCGCCCUAUCUGCCGCACCAUCCCCACCAUCCGCAUCCGCCGCUCGGAGUAUCGCCGUUCGGUCGGUACGGCGGCGCAGCGUUCCCCGGCGCGGGCGGGUUCGGUCUGUCGGCGUACGGGCCCGCGGCGCUGCACGGCGUGCCGCCGUCGCCGCUGGCGCUGCACGACGCGUGGCGCGCCAGGCCCGGCGCGCCGCGCGACCACGACGAGCGCGCGCGCCGCGAGCGCGACGAGCGCGAGCGCCGCGACCGCGACGAGCGCGAACGGCGCAAGGCGCGCGAGCGCGAGCGCGAGCUGGAGCGGGCGCGCGCGCGCUCGCCGCUGCGCAACGGCGUGCCCGACGCGGCCAAGGAGGAGCGCAAGGAGCCGCCGCGCCCGCCGCCCGCGCUCUACGCGCCGCCCUGGGACCCGUUCCGCGCCUACGACACGCUGCAGCACAUGCGCUUCGCGCCGCUGCUCGAAGCCACUAUCCGCGCCGAGGAAGACCGCGCCAAGAUGCUGAGCGCGUACGCGCACCACCAGCAGCUGAAGGCGGGCCCGCUGCUGCACCGGCCGCUGCCGCCGCACCCGCUGCCGCCGCUGGGUGCGCACGCCCCGCUGGCGCCGCUCGCGCCGUUGGCCCCGCCGCUGACGCCGUUGGCUCCGCUGGACCUGCUCAAGAAGGAGGAGCCGCGAUGAUAACGAUCCGGCGCGACCGCCGAUCCCGACUGUACAUAGAGUAGUGUAAACGACGUCGCGAGUGAGAAUACGACUAAUUCGAAGUAUAUCGUUUUGCAUUAUCGUUUUAGAAAAUUAUUUAUUGUAACGUCGCUUGUCCGACGAUCGCUAUCUCGUCGGCCGCCCGUCUCGUAGUGAUGUAGCGGUGCGGCGCCCGAGUGCGGUAGUGACGGAGGGCAGAACUCUCUGAAAGUGCAAUAUAGGGCAAGGACAAUGUGCGCUCGGGCCGGCCUGUACACUACUGCUUGUUUAUUUACAUGAAAAUAUCUAUCGAGUUGUUAUUGUGACCAUUAUUAGUUAAUUAUACAUCAAAUCGCUGAUUAUGUGGAGGAUAGGAUUAUUGGAAUCACUAUCUAUAUAAUUAUACAUAUUUAUAUAUACUUAUAAAUAAAAUGUAAAUACUAGUAUGUAAAUUAGUGUUAAAAUAUAGAAUUGGUUUAUUUAACGUCAUACAAAGGAAAAAUCCCAUAAAUUAUUAUUGUAUCGGGAGUUUAAUUACACUCCCGUUAAAAUCUCAUAAUGGUUUUUCUAUUGUACCAGUGGAGUUUUAUUUAUUUAUUUAUACUCCUCUUUAGUGAUCAGUGCAGAAUUCUGUUAUAGCAGUUUAUAUUUUUGUUUAAUGCAUUUAAAAGUAUGUGAUAUUAUUGUAUUGUGAAAUACAUUUUGUCUGACUUCAAAGUAGUGUCUCAGAUAAUAUUAGAUCUACUAAUUAUCACAGUAAUGAUAAAGUUUGUGUAAAAAAGGUAUAUUCAUAAAUCAUAUUUUUUGUUUAGAUUCUGAAAAUCUUAACAUCUCCAGACAUGAAUUUGCAAUCAAAAAUCAGGAGCACCAUGGAACUCAUUCUGUGCCAUUGAGUCAGACAAAUUGGAUUUAGUAUCUGUUUCAUAAGGCACAGCAGAUGUCCGUGUUCUUAUAAUCUCAGUGUGAACGACUCAGAAGUGUAUUAUAGUUGACAAAAUCAUUCUGUAUACUAAAAAGUAAAUGAAAGCUUGGUGCGAUUCAGAAAAUACCAUUAAAACUUUUGAUUUUUA